AUGUUCCCGUUAAUGGCUCCAUUGCAAAAUGUGUUACCAAAUAUGGGACCUCCUCUAUCAGGCUUACAGCAAGCAUGGAUGCCCCCUCAACCUUCUCAUCCUUUAGCAAUGCCACCAUAUGGAUCAUCAAUGCCUUCUGAUAAAGUGAUUGAUGCACAUUGGAGAACAAAUUUAGCUCUAACAUCGAGAAGAAAAGUAGAAAUUUUACCUACGAUGAGUAGCAAACUGCCAUUCUCUUCAGUCGUAGCUACUCCAGGAAUGGAUACGCUUUGGCGAGAACACUCAACCAUGGAUGAACAUCAGCUCCCCAAUCCUUCAGUACUAAAUUGA